GCAGAGUUUUUCAAUGCGCGUGCAGGUACAAAAAUAACCAGACAACCGACCGUUAUAUGUAAGGACGACUAAAGACGAAAGAAACAAGCGUUUUUUGGCAAACCGGACGUGUCAUAACUUUAAUUUCCGUAGUUAGCUUGUCUUCGUUAUUAUUUAGUUUAUAUUUUUCAAAGACUUCCACGUACCUGAAGGUUUCCCGCUUUCUCCCGUAGGAUGUACCCGACGACAAAAGGCCCGGAGGCGGCUCCCAGCUUUUCCGGUAUCAACUUCCAGGCCAGGCCUGUUGUGGGAGCAGCUCAACAGAACAUCAUGAACCUGGUUCCAGUACAGCUGAUCAUGCAGAAGUUGGUCCCGCCCCAGAUGAGCCAAACCAACCCGACGCUGAACACGGCUGCCACUGCGAACAUUUUACCCAUUGUGCUGACUCAGAUCCCAAUACUAUCAACCCCGAGUCCCUCUGUUAGACAGCCUUCCAGGACACAUCUGAGGAAUAUCUGCCUGAAUAAAGUAAAUCUGGAUCAUAACUCACCAGACAAACAUUUACCAAAGGAACAGCCUUUACAUGUCAACAAAGUUCCUGUAAUUUCAGUCCCUGCAGAAACCUGUCAGAAGUCAGGAACAUGUCCAGGUCACUUCCCAGUGGCUGCUGUAUCUUUAGCCAACAUGAACAAAGAAAGAGGACUGAUUCCUGUCAAGAAACAAACCCAGACUGUCCCAGCAUCUCAGCUCCUACCGCGUACUAUCACGCCAUUAUCUUACUCAGCCCCUGGCUUCAAUGUGGUCCACAACCCUCCUUUCAAGCUCAGGAAUCAAGCUCUCGCUCAAACAAACUCCCCUGUGCCACCCUCGACUCAAAUCCUCCCAAACGCAGCCAGUAAAACUGUGUGUGCGACCCCGUCUGCAGGAUCAGAACCAAAUUUAGAGCCGACUUCACACACUCCACAAAGGCCCAACAGCCCCAAUAGAAGGAGGGUUGAAGACAAGGACAGCUCAGCACCUCCAACUCCGCUGUCUUCUACAAUCACUUCAGAGAUUCCCCGGACUCUGGCACAGAAAGAAAGGGCGUGCAAGCAACCAGAUGUAAUAAAUGCCACAGUUCCUACACUGGGAAAAGGCAGACAAGGAGAGGAAGGUGCCUUGGUCCUGUGCAAUGGGAAGGUGUUCAAAAAGAGCAGCUUAAUGUUUCACAUUGUCAAAAGUAACUCAGCAUCUCAGUUCCACACAACAAAAGUACCCGCUGUACAAAAUUCAGACUCAGUGACGCCUCAAACAAAGCCGGUCUACAAAUGUGUAAUUCCACGCCACUCACAUAAAGUCAUCAGCCUUUGUGAGAACGAUUCUCCGGGCAACAAGCCUCAAAGAGCAGCAUCACAGCUGACCUCCCCUGAUGGAGACAACGUCCUUUUUAUGCCAUAUAUUCCUCCGAAGUCUGAGUCUGGAACAUCAGAAGAUUUAACCUCUAAAACGCAGAGAGCACCUGUGAAGGAAGCAGAGCAGACAGGCACAGGAGGAGAUACAGGAGAUGGGAGAAAACUCCACAACAACAUCAUAAAUCUAGGCAUAAAUCCUUCACGUGUCAGUGAGGCUGCAGGGGUGAACGUGAAUGAUAAUGAAGAACCAAACGUCAGGACUCAGCAGAGCCCUGCCAUCCAACAGGUGAAGUGUGUGGACGCAGCUUUAAAACAACAAGAGCCAGAAGACACCAGCAUUUCUGACAGCAGCAGCUCACAAUCCACAGCAGACAUGGAUUCCUUAAAGGAAAAGAGCUCUGUUGAUCUCACAUUGAGUUCUUGCCUGGAUCCAAAGUCCUGUCAAAGGUCUGAUGGUCUGCUCAGACAGAAGUUUGGGGUCAGUGCAGGUGUUAGAAUUAGCCUGCAGAGGAUCGACCCUUGGUGCCGUCCUGCAGAACUUCAUCAUGGUGGCUUCCAUCAGGAGACAACAUUCAGAGUUGGUGAAGAACUUCCUUCAGCAGAUCCCUACAGCAGAUCUGUCAGUGUGUCGAGUGAAGAGGAACAAGAUCCCUACGGCGAAUCUGUCAGUGUGAAGAGUGAGGAGGAACCGUCAGGAGAUACUUCACCUCACACGUGUGAUAAGGCUCUAAAAUGUUCACUGGAGGACUACACGGAGCCCAUAGAGGAUGAAGAAAUCCUGGAGAAGCAAACCGCACACAAACAGGUCAUCCCUACAGACGAAAGCAAACUGAGGAUAAGACGAACAAUGAAGCGCACAGUGUGUCCAUGCUGCAUCCCUGGGACUCAAAUUAAAGCUCUGACGAUGGGGCAGAUGAGAAGGAAAGGUGAAAGAGCAAGAAAACGUAGAAGAUCACCUGGAAAAACCAGCGGUCAAACUGCAAAGAAUGAAAGCUCUGAUACCCCCGAUAGUGACAGGUUUUGUCAAACGUGGUCGGAGGACUUUGAUGAUCUGAGAUCUUACGAGGAGAUUACAAGACUCAAAAAGCUCCUGAAGGAGAGAGAAGCAGCUUUAGAGCUGAUAAGAAAAGCAACGGUUGAAACAGAAAACUAACAGUAGGAUUUAAGCACUCAUGUUCAGGAAUACAGAGUCAUUCCUGUUUAUUUCGACACCCUUAUCAAUAAUUCCUAAUGAUCUUUGCCUUUGUUGACACAUCUAUUGAUACUUUUCUGUGAUUGGUGCAGAGAUGACACAGAAUCUAGUUAUUCUGCUUUGGCCCUAAGCAGCAUAAAUCCAUAAAUAUUCUGUUAACGUUGUGCUGCUUUGCACUGAAUCCCUCACAGGCACUUCGGAGAGUUUAAUCUGAAACAGUGAAAAUAGAAGAAUGUUGUUAGCACACGCUGUUGUUAUUGCAGUAGUUUUUGUAAAAACAAAGAUGUACUUUUCCUGACAUCAAAUUUAGGCAUGUUGUGAUUUUAUUUGAUUUAACCAAUAAGACCUUAAAGGAAGAUUUCACUAUUUUUGGAGUUGGGUUUAUAAGGCAGGGGUUCCCAGCCAUUUUCCUUGGCCCCCACAUUCGUCUCUAAGGGAAGCUAAGCACCCCCAUGGCCCUCUUGGAAAAAAUAAACAUUAAUUUAACUAUUUUCAGUGACAAAAUCCCAGUUUAUAGGCUUGCAUAAAUGUGUUCCUCACAUAAGAUCUAUGUUUAAACUACCCAUCAUAAUGACAGGGAAUUAGGGUCACUCUUGAAAAUAAAAAUAAUAAAGAGAAUCUUUUUGUUUUCAUGAAAAACUCAAUAUUUGCUAUAUUAAAAAAAUCACAAAUUUACAUAUAUAUAUAUAAUUUUUUUUCAGUUUUGAAUUUUUACAGUUGUAAAUUAACGAUUAUAAAAACUUUACACUUUUUCAGUUCAUGUCAUAAUCAAAGAUUUUUCAAAACUCAGAAAUUUCAAGUUUUUCUUCAUUAAUUUCCAAUUUUUUUAAUUCUGGGUUUAUUUGCUCGUCCACAUAUGACUUUAUAAUCUCUAAGUUUCAGGGAUUUCUACCCAAAAUUUUGACUGUUUUGCCCCAAAACCACCGUAGUCUUUUUAUUAUAUUUUUAAGUGGGCCCUAAUAUACCACUCUAAACUAUUUCUAAUCAUGAUUUUAGAAUAAUAUAUGUAAAUCUAAUUUUGACUGUCAGAGCAAAUAAAGUCCUGCGUGGCCUCUAGAGGUGCCUGGACCAGGUUGGGAACCACUGGUAUAAGGUACUUGGCGAUAGUAGUGCCAUUAGCCUCCAGAGAUUUCAGAAAGCAUUGCCCCUUCAAACAGGAUGGGGAAGCUAUGCUGUAAAGCAUCACAGACGGGUAUAGCUGCUCCAUGUAAUUCAGUGAAUUUUAGGUAGAAAUCAAUGUUUGCUAGUUAUCAGCCACUAGAAAAAUAGAGCACAAGCCAUUAACUAACUUUGACAACAAAUUUCCAUUAAGCUCUCCUGGUUGGGGUUGGUUCAUCUAUUCUAUUUUCAGUAAGGCGGAGAACUCUGGAUGGCGAGUGAUGCAGGCUGCAGGCAUCUGUGAGCCAUUUUCUUCUAUCGCAAGUGUCCUGAAGAAGAGUUGAAAAGUCCCACUUGUGACAAGAGCAACUCUCAUGGGCACAGGCUCACAGUUUCCACACCUGCACCAUCAGGUUAGCUGACCAGACUCUGCUAAUGUUUCUCUCCCUCUCUUCCUGCUGAGUCUCCAUCCGUAGAAGUUCCUCUGUGUACUCCAGAUCAUAAAAGUAUCCACAGUAAACGCAAUGUCAUCAUCACUAGAGUCAAAACCACUAAUUUAGUGUUAUCUUAGCUGUGCUACUCUAGUUUCCUGUAGUUGGUAGCUGAAGCUCGCGUUGCAAAACAGUCCCACGCACAGGGGCUUUCUGGGUGAUAUAGCAUGCAACUGAGCCGUCAUUGUUUUGGUCCAUUUUUACCUAAAACUCACUAAAUUACACAAAGCAGCUUUACCUGUCUGUGGCGCUAAUACAGCCUAGCUUCCCUAAGUACAUCCUGUAUGAAGGGGCAACCCAACUUCAAAAAUACUGAAGUAUCCCUUUAAACACAUCAUAAUAUAACUUUGUCACCUUGUUUGCUAGCUGCCUAGCUUUUUUCCUGCCGGUUUCAACAUUUGAUUAAUGCUUUUAUAAAAACAUCAUAUAAAACAGAGUUUGGGUGUUCCUACCACAGCUGACUGGAGUGGAGGAUGACCGCCCUGCAGCAGGAGAGGGCUGAGUUUCUUUCUACAUGACCAUCAACGGCCAUGACUGUUGAUUACUUUUAUUUUUAGUGCUAGUGUGAAUUUUAUUUCAGACUAUUGAUUUAGGUUUGUGCACCAGCGCCUUGAUUUAGUAGAGGUGUCUCAACUGGAAAAUAACAGAGUAUCAGGAGUGUUUAGGCUGGAAAGCAGUAUUGAUAAGCUUAAUUGUUACUGAUUUAUUGGACUGGUUUUCCAUCCCCAUCCUUACUAAUGUUCUAACAAAUAAGUUAAAGUAGUGUAAUGUAUGUAUUUUUAGUUGUGUGAGCUAUUAUUGAUUGUAUUUAUUUAUUUGUUUGAAGCACUUUUGAGGGACGUUUGGUUCAGGCCAUUUUGCCGCCCCCUGUAGACAAUGUGGUUCAUUUUAUCUCUUCACUGUUUUGUUCCUGAACGUGUAGAGGGUUUAAAAAUUAAACACUAAAGCUGGGAAUACGCUGUGUGAUUUCAAGCCGACUCUUUAACAGUCGUGUUGGAUUGUCAGGUCAUACGGUGCGACUGAAUCGCUACGAUGCACGACCAUUGCCACAAUUUUUUUGCUCACUGUAGGAGUGAAGUCAGGACCGACUGGGACAAAUAUCUAUGAAGUUUCCUGUGAAAACAUCCCACAUAGGAGGUUAAAGUCAUAUCCUCUCUCUAACAUACACACCAUCUGUAUCAGCUGGAGGUCCAUGGGUAGGACUAUUUCCUGCUCUUCUAUUUCCUUUAUUAUGUCUAAAUUGGAUAAAAGUCACACAGUGUAUGCCUGGCUUGACUCUGCUUCUUUUUACCUUAAAUCCUAAUUUACUGUGAAUAUUUUCUGUAAAAAUGUAAAGCACUUCUGUUAGCUGACUUUGACCUAGUGGCAGUGAUUACUGACAUUAAAC